UCCUGCUUUACCAUCGUGACUCGUCUUGUUUGUGUGCUCCCAAACCCUGAAUCGUCGUCUCCCUUUCUGAAACAAAUCAAAUUCAGCUGAGAUAAUUGUGGAGAGGAGGGUAAAAACAAAAGCUGAAGAGAAAAUUUUAAAGCCUGCCCAACAAAAGAAGGAACAAAAAUACAAACUUUCUUUGUUCAGAUGUCUGAUGCAUGCACGUCUUGUCCUUCGAUCACGACUCUUGGGCCUCUUCUUUCAGCUGCUUUCGGAUUCUUUUCUUUCUCUCUUUCUCUGAUUGAUUGAUUGAUUCCACAACAGAGAGCUUUUGAGAAAGAAGAGCUAGCGAGAAAGUCGCGGAAGAACUGUGUGAGCUCAGCUCUUUCUAUUUUUUGAUACUUUCCUCUACUGGGUUUUUCUGCCAGUCCUUUUGAAAAUGGAGGUCACAGAGUUGUAGCAGAGAAUAGUUUCUCAAUAUUUGGGUGGAUUUGUAGUUUCUGUUCUUGCUUUUGCAGUUGGUUUGUUUGGACUUUGAAGCUCCUCUAAUGGCGGACAAUAGCUCUCUGCCUUCUCCUAGACCUACUCCAUCUUUCUUCUCUACUCCAAGAUUGUUCACUAGCUUCACCUCAAAACCCUUCUCCGAAACUGAAGCUGUUAUGAGCCCAACUUCCAUUCUGGAAACCAAGCCAUUCUUUGGUCUCAGAAACCCGUUCUGGUCGGAAUCAAACACACCCAAAACCCCAGAACCUGAAACAAAGCGCCACUGGGACAAAUUGGACUCCAAAGGCACUGGCCUUGCCAUUGUUGAUGCUCUGAUUGACGAUGAUGGCUCUGAUCCAAAACCAUCAAAGCCUCAAACCCGAAUGGUUAUUUUCGGUUCACAGCUCAAGAUUCAAAUCCCUCCUCUGCCAUCCUCUGUUCUCCCCUCUUCUGAAUCACCAAAACUUGAAGCCGUUUUCGGAAUCGAAAGGACUAAUUCUCAUUUGGGUCCACUCUCUUCCGGCCUGUCUCAGUCUCCGGCUAAGAAGUCCCCAUUUGGGACUGUGAGUUCCGGCAAUGAGACUCCAGUUUCGCCUCAGGUUUUCAAAGGGUGUCUCUCUGUUAGUGAAAUGGAGCUUUCUGAGGAUUAUACUUGUGUGAUUUCUCAUGGACCAAAUCCAAAAACUACUCAUAUCUUUGACAACCGCGUUGUGGAGAGCUGUGAUGGUGUGCCUCAACUUUCUCCUACCCGGAAGGAAAACAAGUCAAGUUACCCGUCUGAGAGUUUCCUCAGCUUCUGCUACCAUUGCAAGAACAAUAUUGGACAGGGCAAAGAUAUUUACAUGUACAGGUUGGUUUCAUUAUUUCCAUUAAUACUAUUUAUUGGUAGCUCAAAAUCCUUUGUUCUAAUAUAUACAAAAAGGAAAGCCCCAAUCAAAUUUGGUUGUUUUUGGUGGGUUUCUCAGUUUGAUCUUAGUUUAAUUCUGUUGGUGUUGUUUUUAGUUUUUUCUUAUUCAUUGUGUUUGAAUGGUUGGUGGUUGUUUAUAUAAUACUGUCAAUAAUGUCAAGUUUGAGACUUUAUUCAAUUUUGGAUUAGAAUCUGCAUAUGAUACUAGUAUAUGAUUGGUGUAUAUUAAUUAUACUGGGAUUCCUAUUCAUAGUAUAGUGCAAUUGGUUAUUGAUUGGCAAUAUAGUAGUAUUGUUAGAUCUACAUAUCCAUCUUUUGGAUAACAUGACGGAGUAUAUCUGAAUUUCCAAAGCUUUCCUUAUUAUGCAGGGUAACAUGUCACUUGUCUGCCCCGUUUUGAAAAUUCUUGGUCAUUUUUGUUUACGACUUUCU